AUGCAGGAGGAAGUAAGAAGUGUAAAAUGCAUGUAUCCUUAUAGCCUGAUCUUGUUCCCCAAAUCCUGAGUUAGAAUGAAUUACAAUUCUUUCUCUUUUUCCACAUUAUAGGCCUAUAUCAAGAGUGUGUAAGGAGUUGUAUCCAUAAUAUUUGUGAGCAGAGGUCUUCGUUCUGAGCAUUUAUUUUUCAGCAAAUGCAAUGUGUCAUUCAUUUCUGAUCAGAUUGCUAAGGUGUGAGAAUCUGUCCCCCCAUUUCUUGCAAGCUGCUGAAACAACUGCUUAAGUGUAGCUUUUGUCUCUCCCUCUGUUUUCCAGCAGGAAGGUGACAUGGAAGGGGAGGCAGUUGAAGCUAUUGGCGAAGAGUCUGAAACUUUCAUUAAAGGCAAAGAAAGGAAGACCUAUCAAAGGCGCCGGGAAGGUGGGCAGGAGGAGGAUGCUUGCCCAAUGCCACCCAACCAGGCAGAUGGGGCUGAAGUGGUACAGGAAGUCAAUGCUGGUGUCCAGAUGGUCAUGAUGGAGCAGCUUGAUCCAACGCUGCUUCAGAUGAAGACGGAGGUCAUGGAAGGCACUGUGCAACAGGAAGCUGAGGCUACUGUGGACGACACGCAAAUAAUAACCCUACAAGUUGUGAAUAUGGAAGAGCAGCCUAUAAACCUGGGCGAGCUCCAACUUGUCCAGGUGCCUGUCCCAGUGUCUGUACCUGUUGCUACCACUUCGGUGGAAGAACUUCAGGGGGCCUACGAAAAUGAGGUCUCCAAAGGAGGCCUCCAGGAAGGGGAGCCUAUGAUCUGCCACACCCUCCCUUUGCCGGAAGGCUUCCAGGUGGUAAAAGUUGGUGCAAAUGGUGAGGUGGAGACGCUGGAGCAAGGUGAACUUCAGCCCCAGGAGGAUCCUAAUUGGCAGAAAGACCCAGACUAUCAGCCCCCAGCCAAAAAGACAAAGAAAACCAAAAAAAGCAAACUUCGUUAUACUGAGGAGGGAAAAGAUGUGGACGUGUCUGUAUACGACUUUGAAGAGGAGCAACAGGAGGGCUUGUUGUCAGAGGUCAAUGCGGAGAAGGUGGUGGGCAACAUGAAGCCCCCCAAGCCAACAAAAAUUAAAAAGAAAGGUACAUGGGGCUUUGGAUUUGGGGAGCAGAAGGGGGGCAUCUUCAGUAUCUGUUCUGGAUAGGAAUUACUGCUCUCUUCCUGAAUACAUCAUCAUAUUAGAGCAAAGAGCCUUGCCAGCCUUGAAACCCAGAUACGUUUUGAUAGGAGACUUGACUGUCUUUGAUACCUCAUUGUGGCCUGUUGAGAUCAAGAAAGGGUUUUUGUCCCCACUUUUUUAAAGAAUCUGGUGUUGCCUUCCAUGAAGAUUUAAAUACAGGGGUGAUGGAUGGAUUUCAGGGUGUGAAUUAUCUAGUUUUCCCUCAGAUCAGUGUUACCCAGAGUUGUGGAGUUGCCUCCUUAAUUAAUUUGUUUGAUCUACUUCUAUUGGUUUUAUUAAUGCUAUCCCCUGAUUUAAUCUGAUAUGGUAUACUUUGUCCCCUUUGGAUAGGUGCCUUGAAAUUGGAAGUGGGGUGGAAGAAAAACAUGAGGAGGAUCCUGCCUCAAAGUGGGGUCUUUGAACUGGAUUUGCCUCUGUGGUGCUCCAGGUCAUUUAUGCAUAUAGAAGGGUUGCUAUUUUAAGACUGCUAAAGAGGCUUGCUUUCUGGACAGGAGUGAAGAAGACAUUCCAGUGCGAACUGUGCAGUUACACUUGCCCACGCCGUUCAAACCUGGACCGUCACAUGAAAAGCCACACAGAUGAGAGGCCGCACAAGUGCCAUCUUUGUGGCAGAGCUUUCCGGACAGUCACAUUGCUGAGAAAUCACCUCAACACUCACACAGGUACUUUAAAGGGAAAGGGUGACCUCUGUUUCUUUUGGGGGCCACAUUCCCUCAGGGUUAGUGUAUCGGAGGCUGCAUGCUGGAGCCAGUGAUGGAUGGAGCCAGACACAAGGGUUCUGGAUUAAUUGAUCCAGAAUGAGAAUUACGGUACCGUGCUUCAAUUUUCACAGUGACUACCUCAUGCUAGAGUCCCUAAACUUAGGCAAGUCUAUUCAGGAGUAAGUGCUGUUGGGUGUAAAGGGAUGAUGCAUGAAUAAGUAUGCAGUGAAUUAUUAUUUUUAAGUACAACAGACCAAUAUAUCCAAUGUUUUAGAAACCUAAUGAAAGCAAUUCCUUUCUGACUAUACAAACAAACAAACAAAAACAUACACUGCAGAUGCCAGAAACCUAGCAAUUUGUUCUCAGGCUUUCACCAAGCCAUACGACCAGGAAAAAUGUUUUUUAAAAGCUUUAUAUUUCUCAGAUAAAAUGCUGCCCCUUCCAGCUUUUCUGACACUGCAUAUAAAAAGAGGGGAAAGACUGUAAAAAGCCAAGAAAAACAAGGAAGAAUGUUUCUAAUGUGAUGGAAGAAUGGGACUGCUUCAGGCAAGUUUCCCAUCUGUGGUUUAGGUGAUGCUGCCAACCCAUAAGCAUUUUUUCUGGCACCUGCCUCUUGGUUUGUGGGAGCUACAGACUCAAGCCAUCCUUGUGCUAAUAUUGGUCCACCAGUAAUUUUAGAUUCUGUGAUAUGAGAGGCCAGUGUCAUGAUUAAAUCUACUGAAUAAGCAAACAGGGCUGUAUUUAAUGUUAGUUCUGCUUGGAGAAUACCCAUUGAAAUUGAAAGAUGUGACUGAAUUACAUCCGUUAAUUUCAUUAGGUAUACUCUUGAGUAGAACUUUGUUAGCCAAAACUGAUACCGGUAUAUGCAAAAAGACCUGAAUGGAUUUUUAUGGUGAAUCUUAUUGUGUCUUAACUGAACACUAGGCUUGGGGUUGCAGAAGGGAGGUUGAGGCUCAUAGGAAUGGGGGAAGAAUUUGACACUGAAGCGACAGACUGGAUUCUUUUUCAAUCUGGACAUCUCAGCAUUUCAGAUGUCCCAACCAGUCCUUGUCCUAGAGGCCAUAUCAUACUUUGAAGUUUCCUUUUUUUGCCCAAGAGGGCUGGAAACUUCCUUUUGAAACACUGAGAAUUACUGGCUUCAUUACUGUUAACACCAACCUGCAUAGUUUUGAUCACCCCACAAAGUCCAGAACAUAACUUCCAAUAAAGCAGAAGCAUAAUUGAAAUAAAAAUGCCUUGCAAGUCACAUUCCUUACCAUGUCAUUGGGUGGUAGGGAUUGGGUUUUUUUCUAGUUGGGAUGCUAUAGAAAACAAGUCUUGCUUGACCACAUGUACCAUACUUAGCUUUUUCAAGCAUUCAGACCCUUAGCAUGAUGGCAUCAGUGUACUUAAUAAUAAUAAUCAGUCUUUUAAAAUAGAGAUUUUCUUGCCCAUUUUUGAUGCACCUUUAAAUUAAGAAGGCAAACCUAUUCCCUACAGUUGAAGCCAAUAUCUGUUUAGACUUUUUAAUAAAUAUAUAUAUAUAUAUUUGUCUCUGGGAUCUCUCAGGUACUCGUCCUCACAAGUGCCCUGACUGUGACAUGGCCUUUGUGACAAGUGGCGAGUUAGUUCGGCAUCGCCGCUACAAACACACCCACGAGAAGCCAUUCAAGUGUUCCAUGUGUGACUAUGCCAGCGUGGAGGUACGUUUUGAAUCCAGUUUUCCAGUAGUAGUAGUAGGUAGCCCAUACCCACUUAACUACCAGUAUUAUCCUGUCUCCAUGCCCCCCCCCCCCACAUUUGAGGUUUUGGGUUUUUUUAAUGGAUAUGGAGUUAACAAAGCCUGUGUCAUAUUGUUUGUUUCUUGACCAUAUAUUUAGUGUGCCUAAAUAGACAGGUAACUUGCAUCUUAUGCAAGGGUUCGGUUAUGGGUGUCCACAUGUAAAUGCAAAAACAUGUAUAGCCAGGUGCCCCUGGAACUACCCCCCCCCCCCCAAAAAAUGCUGUUUCUGGUUUUGUAGGGGAGGUCUGUUGCCCCAGAGUGGAAAUAUCAAAAAUGACAUUGGCAGGCCAUAAGCAGCUGUUUGGCUCCCAGAAAGCUUUUAGCCCCAUAGCCAUUCUGUUUUCUGUAUGUCUCAUCUUACAAUUCAAGAAAUGCAAAAGGUAAAAAUAGCACUGAUUCUUUUAUGAAAAGACAGUGAAUGCAAAGCCCUUUCUCCUUAUGGUACAAAUCCCAUCUUGGUAUUCUUAACUUACAGGUGAGCAAGUUGAAACGCCACAUUCGCUCUCACACUGGAGAGCGGCCAUUCCAGUGCAGCUUGUGCAGCUACGCCAGCAGGGACACUUACAAACUGAAGAGGCACAUGAGGACCCAUUCUGGUACAUAUUUUGCAGCGGUGGCACAGAGGCACUGGAAGUUCUGUGCACACUGCUCCUUUGGCAUGUAGAAGCUGUGUGCAAUUUCUGCAUAAUCUCAGAAACUGUGGGGUGGGGGCUGUCUGACUUAAUAUUCUAGUGGCUUUUCUUAAAGGCUGCUAUGACCAUUGUCACUGCUUGGAUCAGCAUUUCAAGAAGUGGGAUUCCUUACAGACGUUUUUUAAAAUUUGUACAGUACUUGCUUUUUUGCAAACUGUUAGGGAAGUGUAAUAACCUCUAACUGAACACUAAACUUGAAGUUCCCUGACAGCAGCUUCAAACAGCGAUGGAUAUUUUGUAAUUGGGAGAGAAGGAGAUAUUGGCACUCAACCACAGAUCAUUGUAUCUGCCAUGCAGCAUUUGAGAGAUCUCUCUUCUUUGCAUUCUUUGCCCCAUAAUUUGACUUUGAUUGAGGGGAUGCUGUCUCUCCAAGCCCACCCCUCAGGUCCUUUGAUAGUUUACUGCCCGCAAAUGAGCCUCUCUUGCUAACUGCUCCUCUCUUCUGAAAGGUGAGAAGCCCUAUGAGUGUUACAUUUGCCACGCUCGCUUCACCCAGAGUGGGACUAUGAAGAUGCACAUCCUGCAGAAGCACACAGAGAAUGUGGCCAAGUUUCAUUGCCCUCACUGUGACACUGUUAUUGCACGGAAGAGUGACUUGGGUGAGUGCCAUGAGGCUUGAGGUUGAGGUACCAGAUUCUAGUAAAAGAGGUGGUGAUCAUACUUCUCAGAGGAAAGGCUAGUUGGUUGGUCAACUAAUAUUAGUUUGAUGGUCUAGAGAAAAGUCUGAAGGCUGCUAAAGCUAUGCAGGUCUGGCCCUGCAAAAAUUGCCUUGUUGAGAGAUUGCCUGAAAACCACAUAUAAGCUGUUUUUUGCUCCUCAGAAGUAAUACAGUGUAUAAAUGCAGUUACUUGAUUGCCUUUGAGGGUAUGAUUUUCUUUCUGUUUGGUUACGAGGGCCACAUAACUACUUGCUAAAGUAGGAGCUUAGAAUAUAAUAAGCCUAGCAAAUAUCAGAUUCCAGAACUCUAAAAUUCCAUGUGUGCAAUAACAGAUUUAUAUUUUUAAUCCCACCGUACCUUGAAGGCUCAGAACAAAGUAGCAAUGCUAUUCAGAAAAACAAAUACAGAGGACAUGGAGUCUUAGAUACUGUGGGCUAAAAUAUUUAUCUUCGCAUAACAGGGCAAGAAUUUGCCCAUUCAGCUGAACAUUAAUAUAAUCUCUAGGGAGUAAGCAUGAGCACCUCGAUGUAUUCCACAGGCUAUGCAGUAAAAGCAGAGCACUCUAUGUGGCCUGUUUCUCUUUACCAGGUGUCCAUUUGCGGAAGCAGCAUUCCUACAUUGAGCAGGGCAAGAAGUGUCGUUACUGUGAUGCUGUAUUCCAUGAGCGGUAUGCACUCAUCCAGCAUCAGAAAUCUCACAAGAACGAGAAGCGUUUCAAGUGUGACCAGUGUGACUAUGCAUGUCGACAGGUGAAGAAUAUGUAAAUGUUUAAGAAUGGUCGGGUCAGGUGGGGGAGGAUGCAAAAUAAUAAAGUGGGAUAAUGUAGACCGACACAGUGCCCACCAGAUGUUGAAUUACAACUCGCAUCAGCAUGUUUGCAGCUGAUGGGAGUUGUGGUCCAAGAACAUUUGGAGGGCACCAGGUUGCCUACUCCUGCCCUAGAGUUAUCCCCCACCCCUGCUGACUUGGUUCUUGGUUCCUUCUAGGAACGGCACAUGAUUAUGCACAAGCGAACCCACACUGGAGAAAAGCCUUAUGCCUGUAGCCAUUGCGAUAAGACCUUCCGCCAGAAGCAGCUGCUUGACAUGCACUUCAAACGCUACCACGAUCCAAACUUUGUUCCGGCUGCCUUCGUUUGCUCCAAGUGUGGCAAAACAUUCACACGCCGUGUAAGUGAUUGGGGGCAAGGUUGCUGCAUGAAGCAGGGCGUAAGACUGGUGCCUGAGAGAAUAAGUUGAGCACUAAUAGAUCUUCCAGCUUCCUUGAUGUGCUAUAUUGCUAACUGCCUUGGUGAGGUCAAACAGAUAUACGAAAAAAGCCAUCCCCAUAUGGCAUUUUGCUGGGUGUGUAUCCCUUUCAAAAUGGUAACUUGUCAUGGGAGGGGCUGCAAAACCUAAAUACACUUGCUGAUUCCUGUUCUCUCUUUGGAGUUAUGUCAAGCAUACGAAUGCUGGUCUGUAUGUUCUCUUUGGGUGGGAUUAUUGGGAGAAGUAAAGUGUACCAAUUAAAAUUUGGCUCACCAUCGCAGCUUACCUCUGAUGUUGGGGCUUAGCCCCAGUUUUGGCAAAUAAGAUCAUUUUUUUCGUUUGGGGGAUAAAUCGGGGUGUGUGUGUCAUGCUUGGAUUCAAGUGCUCUAAUUCAAUACAGCCAAUGUCUUAACAUUCACCUGGCUUUUUCUAAUCAGAACACCAUGGCCAGACAUGCAGAUAACUGCACAGGCCCUGAUGGAGUCGAAGGAGAAAAUGGAGGGGAGCCUAAGAAGGGGAAACGUGGGCGAAAGAGAAAGAUGCGCUCUAAGAAAGAGGACUCCUCUGAUAGUGGUAAGAACUGUAAGCUUCUCUCUGAAUCAGCUGUGACAUCCUCACCUUGCUUAUAUGCUCAAGUCUCUGCAUUAUAUUCUCAUGCAGCUCUAUAGUUACCAAGCCUUGCAUGUCGCUCAUAACAAAUAUCUUGCCAAUGGUCACUUAAGCACUACUAGCUGCAAUUUUUCUUGCAGCUAUAGAGUAUAGGGCAGUAUAAACAUGUAAUAAAUAAUAAUAAUGGCAACAUCCAAGCUUUUGGCUUCCAAAUUUGUUUUGCCUACCACCUGGCACACCACAACAGGUCUAAAUCUUGGGUGUGAAUGAGUAUGUUAUUGUUAAGCUGCCAAGAAAGGGCAGUAGAGGUGAUAUUUUUCCCUCCCUUUGAGCUGGCUCAUCACCUGUUUUAUGGACAGCCUAUAUAGGAUCAUAGAAUUGUAGAGUUGGAAGGGACCCAAGUGUCAUCUAGUCCAACCCCUUGCAAUGCCGUUCUGUUCCAAGUCAAGGUGGGGGGUGCUGGAAGGUGCCUCCAAGUGCAAAGCAGGGGAGUCAUUUCUAAUAUGCAGUUCAGUGGGGAAGGCACUUCUUUGCAAGAUAAAUAUCUAGAAGACCCAAACCAGAUGCUAAGUGUGUACGCAUCUGUACACUUGCUUGUAGUGGAAGUGAGAAGACACAUGGACAAAAGGCACCAGGAAUCUUUUGAAGCAGAUCUGGAAGGUUUUAAGAGGAGGACGGGGUAAAGUUAAUAGGGAAGUUGUUAGAGCGCAUUGAAGUUCAGUAUCCCACACAUAAUGAUGAAAUUCCUUAGGAGGCAAUUUAUUUAUUUGCAAUAUGUUUUUUAAAAAACAAUAAUAAAACAAAAUUCUGCUUCUUCAUUCCACUGAAGAGCAUUCUGAAUAGCUAAUAAAAAGAAAUUUCUUGCUUCCACCCCACCCCCAGCACACAUGUACAGUCAAAAAUCCUCCCCUCCCAUUUCAUUGUGGAGAGGUGUACUGACAUCUUCAAAGUUCCAAAUUUCAUUCAUUCCUGAUUAAAACCUGAAAUGGCAAUACUGCCUAUGGGGAGCAUAAUAGCUGUUCCCAUUUUGCUGUUUUCAUUGAUAGAUGCCCUGAUUUAAUUUUCUUUUUUUCAAUAUUGAAGAGGAAAAUGCAGAGCCAGAAUUGGAUGAUAAUGAAGAAGAAGAGGAGACGGCGGUUGAAAUAGAGGCUGAACCGGAAGUGGAACCUGUGGUUCCAGCACCACCACCAGCUAAGAAGCGAAGAGGAAGGCCGCCAGGCAAAGCCAAUCAACCAAAACAGCCCCAGCGUAAGUCCUGGGCCAUGGAAGAAAGGAAGAUUGUGCAUAGGUGGUUUGGGGGGGGGGGGCGGGUUGCAAGUUUUUGCAAGGUGCAUUAUAAUAGAGACAAAUAUGACUGGCAAUCAGUGGGAAAUCGGAUAUCAUCACUUAACAUAUUUUCAAUAAUAUUUGCUACCAUAAAGGUCUAGAAACUUGUGAGGGGCAGAGUACUCAAAUGUCUUGGGAAUUUGCACAAAAUACUAGAUUCUUGGUGAAGCAUUUGCACAUGUAGGGUCAAGUUGGCUAGUUCUUAACACUCUGCUCAACUAAGAUUGAACUUGCAUGACCAAAUGGUCAGUCUCCCUGAAUUGGAUGUUUAUGAGCAUCUUGGUAUUGUUAAUGGCUGAACUCUUGUUCAGAUUUCUAGAAAUUUCAGAAAUCGGGGGUUGGAACAGAAACAUUUAUGAAACCAAGAUGCCGUACGUUCCAUCUCAGGAGGUAAUGAAAACCUCUUCUCAGAAGCUUGUGCAGCCACAGGAAAAAAGACCGUAACUCAGUGAACAGCACAUUCCUUGCAUGCAGAUGAUCCCAGUUCAGUUGCUGACAUGUCCAAGUAGGGCUGGGGAAUCAAUCCCCGCUCCAAAACCCUAGACAGCCCCUGCCAGUAAGUGUAAUAAUAAUAAUUAAAUAAUUUAAUACCCUGCCCCAUCUGACUGGGUCAGAAGGACCAAUGGCCUGAUUUGAUAAAAGUCAGCUUUCUAUGAUGACUGUGAAUUUUUAUAACCUUAGGCAGUCAGCCUAAAAAAAAUUAUUCUUCCUCUCCAAAUGCAACUUAAAGAUGUGUGAGUAAUACAUGUCAGAGUACAUUUCCUGUGAUGGCAUUCCAUGGGCAGGACUCAGCUGUAUAUUCAUGCUCAGUCUGACACACAUUUUCCCUCUCCCUGCAGCCAUCAAAAACAUACCAAUUUGAAGCCACAUUGGUCGGAGACCAAUUUUGCCAUCACUCUUGGAAUUGUUAAAAUUAGAGAGGCCUUAGCUAGUCACUGUUGUCCAGCUAUGAGUUUGUCCAAUUCUCCGCCACAUACUGCACUGCCAGAGAAUCACAGCAUAUACACAGCCUUAGCUAUUGUUAUUGUGCCUAGUGUUGAGAUACUGUGAAGUGGUAUCCCCAGAGAGAGUCUGACUUUUACCCCGUUCUUAUUUGAUAGCAACAGCAAUCAUUCAGGUGGAAGACCAGAACACUGGUGCAAUUGAAAACAUUAUAGUGGAAGUCAAGAAGGAGCCUGAAGCAGAGACUGUAGCAGCUACAGCAGGAGCUCAGCCAGCUGCGGUGGAAGCACCCAAUGGAGACCUCACCCCAGAGAUGAUUCUUAGCAUGAUGGACCGGUGA